AUGUCCCAAGAUCGCAGGUAUUAUAAUAACUAUUCUUCUUCAUCUGGUUAUUAUUCACGAGGAGGAAGAGACGGUGAUAGAUACUAUACGAACAGUUCCGAACAUUCUUCGUAUCAUCAUCAUCAACACGAUAGAAGUAGCAGUGGUGGAGCUGGUGGCGGCAGUGAUUACUAUUCUUCUUCCUCAACACACAACAAUUACCAUUCAGGAAUGGAUUCUAGAGAUCAUCAAUCCCAUCACAACCACCACCAACAACAACAACAUUCAUACAACUAUAACCGACCACCUUCUUCCUAUGUUUCGCCUUCAUCUUCCUCCUCCUCAGCAUCAAGAAUAGCAUCUCCUCCUUCUUCAUCAUCACCAUCAACACCAUCCAAUGCCUCGCCCUUCCGACAUGGUAGCCAUGAUGUGGCUUCACCUCCAAGAAGCCCUUCUCACUCAUCAUCUGCAUCAUCGAGUGGUUCAAAAAUUCGAGAAAUGUCUUACGAAGAGAGGGUUAGUACUUUCAAGAAAAUGUUAGAUGAUUGUAAAGUUCAAACCGAUGAUGACUGGUCUAGAGCAAUGAAAAGAGUUGGCAACGAUCCGAGAGUUAAACUCAUAAAACGGGUACAGGAUAGGCAGGACAUUUUCUACAAAUACAUUUCGGAGAAAAAAGAAAAGGAAAGAGAAGCCAACCGUGAAAGAAGAAGAAAAUUGAAAGAAGAUUUUAUGAACAUGCUUGUCGAGUUGAAAUCCACAAUUUUCUCAAAUCCAAAAUCAUAUCUUUCAACAACCUAUCAACAAGUAUUACCUAAAAUUGAGAAUGAUCACAGAUAUCUGAAUGUGGAAAAUGAGGAUGAUCGAUUGGAUUACUUUUAUUCAUUUCUUGACGAAUUGGAGAGAAAAGAUAAAGAAGCGAUCAAACAAGAACGAAAGAAAAAUAUGGCAAAUUUUCAUGAUUUACUGUCUAAGAAACAAGAGCAAGGCUUGAUUAUUUAUCGAAGUUUAUGGAGGCAAAUUAAGGAUAAAAUUCAAAAUGAGGAGGAGUACAAGGCAUUGGAUUAUUGCGAUCGAUUGAUGGUAUGGGAAAGCUUUAUUUCUAAUCUCGAACUCGAACAUUACAAUAAGAAAAAACAGAGACGAGAGGAAAAGCAACGACUUCUCAAGGAACAAGAUGACAGAUUUUGGCAAUUUUUGACUGAACUCAAGCAGAAACGUAUGCUUAACGUGUUGAGCGCUUGGAAGGAGGUUAAACCAUUGCUCGAAAAUGAUGAAAGAUAUCAAUGCAUUGCGAGUCAAAUGGUCGAAUUACCACCAUAUUCUCCAAGGCAUCAUGGUGGAGAUAGUGCUCCUCGAUUAAUUGAAAAGCCCAGAAAGAUUUUCGACGAAUAUAUCGAGUAUUUAGUUAAUUUGUACAAGAAUGACAAGAAAACUUUCAGAAAAAUUAUCAAGGAAUUGAAUGUCGAAAUUGAUGAAAAUUCUACUUUUGAAAAUUUCAAAACUCUCAUCGAAAAGGACGAAAGAACGAAAAGUAUUGACUCAGACAAUUUAUCGAUUCUUUUCGAAGAAGCUGUCGAUAAGGCGAAAAAGAAGAGAAAACGCUCCUCCAUGGACGAUGGUACCUAUCCUCCACCUCCACCUCCUGUCGAUAGUGAUGAUUCCAUAAUGAUGAUGCAUGACGAGGGUCAUCCUCAUCCACCUCCACCUCCUCCUCCAUUCGAAGACAUGUAUGAAAAAUCUCCCAAACAAUUCAAGACCGAUUGA